AGAUAAAGUGAAAAGACAACUCGUAAGACUGAACCACUUUAAUUUUAAAUUUAGAAUUUUGACUAGCGUGAUGCUAAACAAAGUUUGCCAAAGAAAGAUUAAAUUCCAUAACUUUUGAUCCCAAAAUUAAAAAUAUAAAAGUACUGGCCUAAACUCAUAAAAAUUUGAUGUUAUAAACAGCAAAAAAAUUCUCUGAAAUUAUUCUGUUUAAUUAGAAAUCUGUUGAGGACCAAUAAUAAUAAUUUACGCUUCAAAAACUAACCGUAUUCCACUAAUUAAUUAGAGAAUUCUCAACUGAAUUACGCACAAAAUGGUCGUCUAUUACGUUUUUGUUUUACUUUUGCUAAACAAGUUGACUAUGAUAACAUCUGAAUUGCUACAUCAGGAAGAAAAUUUAUGGGAUCCUAACAAACUCACUCGACAAGAAUAUAGUUUAAAUCCAACAGUUAAAGCCAAUGAUAAAAACUGUGAGCCAAACACGUUUAUAUUGAUCGAUUGUAAUGUAUGCCGUUGUGGCUCAGAUGGAAAAAUAGAUAAAACGCAAUGCACAAAACAUAAAUGCAAUAAUAAUGAAAUUAACACUCGAAAACUAAACCCGACAGUUAAUAGAUGUAAACCUAGACACUGGUACCAAUUAUCUAGAUGCCAUUUAUGCUAUUGUUUGAAUAAACAUACACUAAUCUGCAAUAGUAAUAAUAAACAAGAAACAGUGCACAUAAGAGAAUAUGAUCUGUAUGACUGUGGAGAAAAACUGAUAAAAGAUUUAUCGAAAAUGGUAACUCCUGAAGAGAGGCUUUUGAGAUCAGUCACAAAGAAAGUAGAAUCAAAAGUAACGUCGAAAUAUACAGUUGAGCAAACGUCGACUCCAAAGAUUAUCUUUCUCUCAGCAGAUACUUCUUUGAACCCUUCAAAAUCUAGUAAAUAUAAAACAGAAAUCAAUAUGGAUUCAGAAAUUAAAUUCCUAAACUUUAACCGUAAAAACAAAGCUUUGAUAGAAAAGGUUACAAAAAGCAGUGGAUUUAUGGAAGAUCUUUUCAAUAAUGAAGUUUUAAGUAUAAAUAGUAAAGAACUUAACGCUGAUUCAAGUAUAAAGUCAAAAGCUCUUAGAAAUUUAAAAACGCAUACAAAAAACAGAGGAUUCAUAGAUCUUUUCAAUAAUGAUAAAGAUAAUGAUAUAACCUCAUUAAAUAUAAAUAGCGUAGAACUUAACGAUGAUUCAAGUACAAACUCAAAAGCUACAGAAUUGUAUGAUGAUAAUGAUGCGACCAAGUUCAACAUAGAUUUAUCGAACGUUCUAGAUACAAUAUUGAGUCUCGCUGCUAGAAAAUCGAUGAUUACAAUUGCCAGAGCCAAUUGUGAGCCUGGUAGUAUUGUAAAGAAACGAUGUAAAACUUGCUUUUGUCUAGCAAAUGGUAAAUCAUUAUGUACGAAAGAGGUUUGUGAAUAAAUAAAUCCAUAUAUUUUUAAUAAAUUA